CUAUAUCAUUUCAUUCAUUUGCAGGAGACUUAAAAAGGAACGAAGGCGCAAGUCAAGACAUACAUUUUGCUUUUUUCUUGUCUCAAGUCAGCAUUGUAAUGUCGAGUUCUGCUCGCCCACAACCGCCUAGUGUGAGUUCCAACCAUACUGAGAUCGAAGAACCUCCACACCACAUAGACACGCUCGGCAUUGUCGUUUGUGGAGAAAGCGGAUCUGGCAAAAGUUCAUUGAUCAAUUUGAUCGCUGGGACGAAUGUUGCGAAGACAUCUCCCGAUGCUGUGGGAUGUACGACUGGAACAAAUGUAUACGACUCGGACAAAUUGACAAGUCGCCAGGCCGGGACGUUGAAGGUAAAGCUUAUCGAUACAGCUGGUCUGGAUGAGGGCAUGGAAGGGACGGUCUCAGACAAGGAAGCUCGAAAAACAUUGAAGACGCUUCUUCGAACUCAGACGGAGCAAGGCAACGUCCAUCUCAUCAUGUACUGUGUGCGGGGUGGGAAGAAGAUUCAGACACUCCGCCGGAACUACGAGUUAAUCCGCUCCCAAGUCAAGAGCAAAGUUCCAAUUGUCCUUGUCGUCACAUGUUUGGAAUUUUAUCGACCAGAGAUGGAAGACUGGUGGAAGGUCAAUGAAAAAACCAUCUCAGACCUCAGGAUGAUCUUUGCUGGCCACGCUUGCAUCACUACGAUGGAAACGGAAGAGCUUAUGUUUGUGGAACGCCGCAACCAGUCAUACGACGCUGUCUGCAACCUCAUCAAGCAGUGUUGCCCAUCAAAUAACACAGCCGUUCACACUGGAUCGUUACAAGACACUAUUCGUGGGGUCCCAAUGGCCCAGCGUGACAGUGGAGGGUGGUACAGGCGGGUAUUAGCUACCAUUUGCUUGGCUUAGUCGGUAGGGCCUUCGGCACUACCAUCAUCAUCCCCGACCAGGCCGACGGUGAUGAUAAGGAGUCUUUUUCGGAGUCUGCGUCUGUGAAUAAAGCGUAGUGGUUGUACUGGCGUAGUGAAGGACUGCGGAGAAGUGCCAGCUCCAACCAUCGUACAAAGGACAAUAGGCACAAUUAAUAUGAAUUACCGCCGGUAUUGUUACUUAUGGUAACAGCUGCUCCGACGGCGUCGGAGGCA